AUGGCUUCUUCAUCUAGAACCAAGAUCAGCAAACUCUUCGCAUCCUCGAAACGGGGUCGUUUCGCCCUUCCCAGUGUGGGCGGAUCCCGUGCCUUCUCGAGCUCCGCCGCUGUUGCUGCCUCGCCGCCUCCAUCUGCGCCGCCGACGCCGGGGGCGGAGGUGCUGGGUGGUUCGAGGAUUUUGGAUAUGGUAAAGGAGUACGUGGAUUACCGGAAGAAUUUGUAUGGUGGGAUCACGCACAAGGCAUUGCUUGUUGAUGCAGUUGGUACCCUCGUUGUCCCUUCCCAGCCCAUGGCACAGAUUUAUCGACAGAUUGGUGAAAAGUAUGGAGUCCAGUACUCGGAAAAUGAGAUAUUGAGCAGAUACAGAUGGGCAUAUGAGCAGCCUUGGGGCAGAUCCAGCCUCAGAUAUGUGAACGACGGGAGACCAUUUUGGCAGUAUAUCGUCAGUUCAUCAACCGGCUGUUCGGACUCUGAGUAUUUUGAGGAGCUUUAUAACUAUUAUACCACUGAAAAGGCUUGGCACCUGUGUGAUCCUGAGGCCGAGCAAGUUUUCCAAGCCCUCAGAAAAGCAGGUGUAAAAGUGGCAGUCGUGUCCAACUUCGACACUCGAUUAAGACCUCUGUUGAGAGCACUUAAAUGCGAUCACUGGUUUGAUGCAGUGGCAGUGUCUGCCGAAGUUGAGGCUGAAAAACCGAAUCCCAUGAUAUUCUUGAAAGCUUGCGAGUUAUUGGGAGUACAACCUGAGGAUGCGGUGCACGUUGGGGAUGACAGAAGGAAUGAUAUAUGGGGUGCUCGAGAUGCCGGGUGUGAUGCCUGGCUUUGGGGUAGUGAUGUAAACUCUUUCAAAGAGGUUGCUCAGAGAAUAGGCGUUGAGGUGUGA